CGUCAUUUCCGUACUAAACAUUCUAUUGUGUAGAAAAGUUACGAAGAUGUCUAUGUCAGACGACUCUGAUUAUGAUCAUUCUGAUCAUAUGGAUGAUGAUGAUUAUGAUUAUGGAGGUUACUAUGAUAAUGACACUGAUGACCUUGACAUAGAUAAGCCAAAGAAAAGCGAAGACCCAGAGUACUUUGAAUACGAACUUCUGCAGGUGGAAGAUGUUGAGCGCUUACUAAACGAGGAGGUGGAGGUUCUCUGUAGGGCUCUUAAGAUUGAUCCAUACCUUGCCAAAAUGCUGCUACAAGUACAUGGCUGGCAGAAAGAUUCCAUUAUUGAACAACACAAGAAGAGCCCUUCUAAGUUGUUGGUAGACUCCAAGAUCAUGCCUGCAAUUAAACAUCAGGAUGAGGCUGUCGGGGGUCAGAAGGAGUGCAGUGUUUGUUUUGAACAGGCUCCAUCUAAGACAUUCAGCUGUUUGACAUGUGGACACAUCUUCUGUAAGAACUGCUGGGAUUUGUACUUCCAGAUACAAAUCAAACAGGGAAUUACCACAGGUAUUGAGUGCAUGCAGAAGGACUGCCAUAUUCUAGUUCCGGAAGAUUUCCUGUGCAAUGCUUUGUCUAAACCUGAAUUACGAGACAAAUACACACAAAUGUCAUUCACAGACCAUGUUGAGGCCCACCCAGAGUUACGGUUUUGCCCGGGUCCAAAUUGUUCUGUGGUAGUUAGAUCUAAGGAAUUGAAGUCUAAGAAAGUGGAAUGCAGUCACUGCAAAACCACAUUUUGUUUUCGUUGUGGCAUAGACUACCAUGCUCCCACUGAUUGUGGAACAAUCAAAAAGUGGCUGACAAAGUGUGCUGAUGAUUCAGAGACAGCCAAUUACAUUAGUGCUCACACCAAAGAUUGCCCAAAGUGUCAUGUCUGUAUAGAGAAAAAUGGAGGUUGUAAUCACAUGCAAUGUACCAAAUGUAAGUUUGACUUCUGUUGGAUGUGCCUGGGUGACUGGAAGGCCCACGGUAGUGAGUAUUAUGAAUGUAGCCGCUACAAGGAGAACCCAAACAUUGCUAACGAGUCUGUCCACGCCCAGGCCCGGGAAGCCCUCAAGAAAUAUCUCUUCUACUUUGAAAGGUAUGAAAACCAUGCCAAAAGUCUCCAGUUGGAGGAGCAAACUCUUCAAAGAAUCACCUCAAAGAUCCAAGACAAGGUCAUGAAGAACACAGGCACCUGGAUAGAUUGGCAGUAUUUACUAGACGCUGCCACUCUGCUCAAAAAGUGCCGGUACACUCUUCAGUAUACAUAUCCCUAUGCCUACUAUAUGGAGAAGGGAGCCAGGAAACAGCUGUUUGAGUACCAGCAGGCACAAUUAGAGGCAGAGGUUGAAAACUUAUCAUGGAAAGUAGAGCGAGCAGAAAUAACAGACAGAGGUGAUUUAGAAAACCAAAUGGAUGUAGCGGAGAAAAGAAGACUAACCCUGUUAAAAGAUUUCUUGGAGAUAUGAAGUUCUCGUGAUGCCCUGCUUGUAUGAAUGUGAAAGGAAGAAGUGGUUUUCUUUAUUGAUUGGAUAUAUCCAUUAAAUACAUAAAAACCAGACGGUGGAAAUAUUUUUUGUAAGCAGAGGUUUACUGAAUUUAUCUGGCAUAUGUGCAGAUUUUUUUGAUAAGUUCUCGAGUUAUGAGCAUCUUGGUAUUUAAUUAGGGUCUUGUUUCAUGACACCAAAUUCCAAAAGUUUUUGGUAUGCAUGUAAAUGUGAUUUUUUUUAAAAUAAUUUUUACGGUAGAAUGUAAUAUGUGUUGUAUUUUCUACAAUCAUGUGCCAUGACCCAGGUCAAAAAGUGUCACAGAUCAGAUAAUGAUUUACAUGUCAAGAAAACAUGAUGACAUUUUAUGGUUUCAAGUGUGAUACCUUGCAUGAAAAAGUGUAUAAGAGCAAGCUUUCUAUUGAUAGUGUGCCAUGUUUAAAGUUGAGAUUUAUUGUAUAUUCAGAAGGGAAUGGUUGGUUCAUACAAGCAACAAUCUCAUUUUUU